AUGAGUGAGAAGGAUUUUUAUCAAAAUUUGGAAGGACACAUUGAGGAGUCCAGGCGAAGGAUUGAGGAGAAGGAAAAACUUCUAGCAGCGGAAAAAGGUGGAGACGCGAAUGCGUCGGGAGAUGCACAGCCCUCGCCCUGUUACUACGGCUACUCCAGCUUAGUGGUUCCAUCAGACCACAGUUCCAACGAUGGCUCCGCCUCAAGCGACAACGUGAAGAAGUUCCUGAACCUGCACGAAGAUGAAGAAAUGGAAAAUAUAAAAAAGAGACUAAGGGAGAGAAAGGGCAAGGGGGGGAAGACGACCACUCGGAGUGGACGGACUGGCUCGACCAAUGACGGACGAACCUCCCGUGGAGGUACCCAAACGAAUAGGUGUACAAUCAUGACGAAGGAAAGCAAGCCAUCUGGAAGCAGAAGGGGAAAAGGAAACAUAAGAGAGCUGAUCAAUUUGGAAAAAGAAAUAAUUGUUACAAGAACCCUGAUGCAGAAAAAAAAGUCGAGGCUAGACGAUAUUUACAACUAUACAAGUAGAAGAGAGAAGGUGAUAAAAAACCUUAAUUUGAGCAUGAGCAAAGAAGCAUCCUUUUUGCAGAACUCCCUGGUGGAUAUGUUUAAGCGAACUGAGGAGCUCAUUCGGAAAUUUGCCGAAGUACGAGCGAGGAAAAAGAAGAAAAAAAAACAAGUGCAGCUUCUGAACAUCGAGAUGAGCAAACUGGAGGUGGAAUUUGAGAAGAAGGAGGAGAAGAUAAAGGAGAUGGACAAGUAUAAGAGUUUCCUGAACAAGCUGGCCAGCAUGGAGGGGGAGGCGACAGAAGUGGGGGAUGUGAUAAACGUGGGGGAUGUGAUAAACGUGGGGGAUGUGAUAAACGUGGGGGAUGUGAUAAACGUGGGGGAUGUGAUAAACGGGGGGGAUGCGGCUCACUUUUCCCAAAGGAUGGCUAAAUAUACAAACAACUCACAACUGCUUAUAGACAAUUUCAACCUGUUGGAGGAACGCCACCUGCAGCUGAUUGACGACACACAGAACGCUGAGUACGAGUUGGAGGAGUAUGAGAAAAAACUGGGGGAUAAAAAAAAGGAAUUCCUGACAAAAAGCAAUGAAGUGAAGAAAAAAAUACUUCAAAUGGAAAACUACAUCAAAGAGCACAUGGACCAAAUCGAGCAGUACGAAAAUGCCAUUAAAAAUAAUAACAGUCAAAUAUCUUUCGACAAGAUCAGUAGUAAAAUUGACUUCAUCUGUACUCACUUCAAUUACGAAAUUAAUACAAACGAAGUUAUGAAAAAAUUGCAAAUUAUGGAAAAUAACAUGUACUCGUACAUUUCCACUUUGACGAAAUAUACGGAGGAAAAUAGCCAACUCGUGUACGAGUAUCAGCGGGAGCGCGAGCAGGAGAGGCGAAAACAAAUGCGCUUCGAAAUUAACCUCGACAGAAAGGGGAACAACCAAAGCAAGCUGGUCAAAAAUACGAAGAGUGCGAACAAAAAUUUUGGAGCCAACCAGAAAGAGAAAAAGGAGAAACGGGAAAAGCGGGAAAACAUUUACACGCUCUUCGAGAAGGACCUCUUCAAGUGA